CUUCGGGAAGGUGUACCUGGGCCGCAAGGCAGGCCGGCUCUAUGCCGUGAAGGUGAUGAAAAAAGCAGACAUGAUUAACAAAAAUAUGGUUCACCAGGUGCAGGCAGAGAGGGAUGCACUGGCUCUCAGUAAAAGUCCAUUCAUUGUGCACUUAUACUACUCACUUCAGUCAGCAAACAACAUCUAUUUAGUGAUGGAGUACCUUAUUGGUGGAGAUGUCAAAUCUCUUCUCCAUAUUUAUGGAUAUUUUGAUGAAGAAAUGGCUGUUAAGUAUAUUUCGGAAGCAGCAUUGGCUCUUGACUAUCUUCAUAGACAUGGAAUAAUCCACAGGGAUUUGAAGCCAGACAAUAUGCUUAUUUCUAAUCAGGGACAUAUAAAGUUGACAGACUUUGGGCUUUCCAGAGUUACUCUGAAUAGAGAGAUAAAUAUGAUAGAUAUCCUUACAACCCCAUCAAUGGCAAAGCCAAAACAGGACUACUCACGCACUCCAGGACAGUUGUUGUCUCUUAUCAGUUCUCUGGGCUUUCAUACUCCCCCUGUAGGAAUGAAAGUGCCAGGGCAAAAAUCAAGUCCAUCAUCUGACAGUCUGCAUGGAGUGGUUUCUCCUGUCCCUAUGGCCCAAAAGGAAAAUACCCCUCUUUCAACUAAAUUAUUCAAAACACAUCUGGAUAAUUCUCAAUUAACACCUGUGAUGCCAGCGAGGAGUUUAACUCCUACUCUGCUUCAGUCAAGAAACAGGUUUGGUACCUCCAGCCUCAGUAGUCAGUCUCACACAAACCUGUCCAGUGUGGAAUCAGAAAACUGUAGCAGCCCCAGAUGGGGGAAAGAUGUAGAGCAAAGUGAAGAUGAACCUCGUUCUGCAGCAUGCAAACCCAGUACCAGUGGGUCAGCUCUCCUUUCAAAUGUUACGUUGCCAAACAGCAAAGGUACUGAAGUUAUAAAGAAAGAAGGACUUGAGUCUGCCAUUUCUCCUAUUGCCAGCAAUGAUUCUGGCAGUAGGGAGAAGUUGGAAAGUGGGCAUUUGAGUAUAACAGAUACUCCUGUGAGCACUCUGGAUGUGAAAGGUGUAGUAAGAAAGUGUAUUUCUGAAAAUAAGAUUUGGAAAGAAAAAGUCUGUGUAAAUAAAAGAGACAUGACUUAUGAAACAGCAGAGACUUCCAGACUACAACAAUCACUUUCAAGGCAGAAUGAGCCUGUCAAAGAAGAAGAAAUGUUUGAAAAGCCAGGUGUAAAAAGAAGCUUUGAAUCAGUUGACACUAGUCCUUGUCAGGAACUUAACUAUGUUAAAAAAAGCAAUGCAGAAUAUAAACGUGGCUGUCAGAUCUCAGAAUUUCCAACAAACAAAGGGACAGGUUUGACAACAGAAAUUCAAUCCUUAAUGCUUUGUAAUGACGGAUGCCUAUCUGACACCUGCAAAAGCAAGGAAGAAGUUAGGAGUUUUAUUAGUAACCAGGGAACAGCAGAAAGAUUGCUUACUCCAACUGUAGCUAAAAAUCUUAUGUGUGAUCUGGAUGCAGACUGUGGAAAGGAUGAUGAAAAGGAGUACAUGAACUCAAGUUUUUUAGGCACUGAUGAUGAAAAACCUUUAGGUGUCUUCAGUGCAGAUUCUGACUUACUUCCUGAAGUGCCUGUUACAGAAAGCCAUCUAGAAAAACAGCUUUUAGAUUUGGACAGAAGUGUUAAAGACCUCUCCUUUGAGGAACCAAAAUCUGAAGGUGUGCUAAUAACAUCACCAGAGUCCCAAGGUGUCUCACAGAGUGGAGAGGAGGCACAUACAGUCCAGGACUGCAAGCCAUUACAUCAGAAAAAGGAUAAUGACCAAAAACACAUGGAAGAAACUUACCUUGACACAGUAUCUUCUCCUUCAGAAAAGAUGAUGGAAGCACUGAGUCUCUUAAAAAAAAAUGCUGUUGUUUUUCGGAGUUAUAAUAGUCCAAUCAAUAUAUCCAAUAUAUCUGAGCCAUGCAGCAUGACUUCCUUAGAUAUAACGGAUCUUUCACCCGCUUGCAGUGGCUCUUACCCAACAGCUAUCACUCCAUUACAGAAAGGAAGACCAUAUCACAUCUAUCAGACCCCUCAUCGAGGGGAUGCUGGCACACCGUACAGGACUCCAAAGAGUGUUCGAAGAGGAGCUGCCCCCGUAGAAGGUGAACGCAUCCUGGGGACUCCAGACUACCUGGCACCUGAGCUGCUUUUGACACAGCCUCAUGGGACUCUGAUCUCUGGUUCUGCUGUAGACUGGUGGGCCCUUGGAGUUUGUCUGUUUGAGUUUCUAACCGGAAUUCCACCUUUUAAUGAUGAAACACCAACACAGGUCUUCCAAAAUAUUUUGAAAAGAGAUAUUCCCUGGCCUGAGGGUGAGGAAAAGCUGUCUGAAAAUGCCCAGAAUGCAAUAGGUAUUCUUCUAACAAUUGACACUACUAAGAGAGCUGGACUGAAGGAACUGAAGCAUCACCCCCUCUUUCAUGGGGUGGACUGGGAUAAUCUCCAGAAUCAAACCAUGCCAUUUAUACCUCAGCCAGAUGAUGAGACUGACACCUCUUACUUUGAAGCUAGAAACAAUGCUCAGCACCUGACUGUGUCUGGAUUUAGCUUAUAGCAUCAAGAUAAGUGAACAUUCUCCAUGGUUUUGCACACUUAACAAUUGUCUUGUAACCCUGGUUUGAUCCUGACUAAUUUUCCUUGCUGAAUUUAGUGUGUUUCAAGUUACCAGUCUAUUUUUAUUAUAGGUUCCUUUAUGCUAAAGUGAAACUACUGUAUGAAACUGGUAUCAAGUGCCUUCGUGCUACUUUUUAUCUCACUGCACCUUACUAAGAGGCCAGAGCAUUGCAUUUCUUGGAGCUAAUAACUCUUGGGGCUUUUUAAUAGCAAUGAAUUUUUCAAUUUAGGAAGUGUGGAGUUAUUUCCCAGCUAAACAUAAUGGGGAAAGGAUAUAAAGGAAUUGUAAUUGUAUCUAAUUAAUAACUUACCUAUUGGUGGUUCAGUGUGGCGGCAAGCUGGUUUGAGAGCAGGCCUUUCUGACCAGUGUGAAUAUAUAUCUACUGUGUAAAACCAGUCAUUUCUAUUCAAGGUGGAAAAUUGAAAUAUUAAUGCUGCAUUGAAAUGUCGUCUCCUGUUUGUCUUAUUGCCAAGAAGGGAUGAGAAGAUACAAUGGUGUUCCAAGUUAAUUCAGCUAGAAGUGGCACAUGAGAUUGGCAGGAGUUCCUCUGGUUAUUAUCGUGUCUUAGAGAAAUGGGACAAGGAGAGGAUACUUGGGACAAGUCUGUUAAUGGUCUGCUCAAGUUGCUGAGUUGUAACCACUUGGGCUGUAGGAAGCUGGACUGAACAUACAUUUUAGCAGUUACUGGCUUUAUAUAGAAAAUGGCCAGUGUGUGUGUACUCACUUGUGUCAGAUGAAAAGUGACAGGUGAUUUUUUGGUUUUCUAACAAGUACUAUUCAUACUGAAGCUGCCAAAUAUUAAAGACCAUAAUAUAUUGUAGGCUAACAGACUAUUCUGUAAACCCACAGCCAGAGCUUAGAUUUUGACUAGAAUAUAAGAUAGAAGUGUAUAUUCUGUAUAAACCUGAAUUAGGGGGAAGUAUAUUUAAAUUUAUCUUUAAAUCCAAUACAAAACUUGUGUCUGCUGCAUUUUAGAGGUUUAUUUGUAGAUAAUCCUGUUUAAAUAAUCUUCAGUAUUUUUCUUGCAUAGGUAUCUCUAACUUAAAGAUUUUAAUGUUUUAGGUUAAUACAUGUUAGAUAAAGAUCAUUUGUGCUAGAUGGUGUUGUCAGCCAAGGGCCAUGUGCCAGAAGCCGAGCAUUUUGUCAGUGAUUUUUGCCAAGUUCCUUUUGGUUUCAUGAAGUGACUCUUUCUGUAGCGGUAGUGAGUUGUCCCUUCAUUACCCUGCUUCUUGGAAGACAAGAUUUAUUGACGGAAUUCUGAGCAAAUAGUGUCUGCCAGGCUUCCUGCUGUCCUCUCAGGUUGCUGAGAAAGGAAUGGGAAUGGUGAAGAAAAAGGAAGUUUCCUAGAAAGGCCUGAAGAGCUCAGAAUGACCAAUUCCAGCUCUUGGUGUGAUAACUCAAAUUUGUGAAACAGAAUCUUGGCAAGUUGCAAAGCAUACAGUGAAUCUCAUUCCCUUUGCUAAGGACUGCAGUUUCAGAAAACUUCUAAAAUUGUUCAGUCUUGCUGGAAUUGUUACAUGAUGGAAAACAAAUUAAAGCACUACUGAAGCAGUAUUCACAGACAACAUUCUCUGAAAGUCAUGAGAAGUUCUACAGUGGUUUUCAUGUUAGAAUAUAUAAACUGGGGUAGGAGGAUACCUUAAUCACUGGUAGUUUAUGCAAUUUAUUCUUCCAUUUCUAGUACUUUAGUUUAAGAAAGCAAGUCUUACAAGAAUUAACUAUGAUUACAUGUUGAAGAAAUAACAUAAACUGAACACAACAGGUUUUUGUCUUCAGUGCUUUACAAAUGGUUACACCUGUUCCCAUUUGGCAGUAUAACACAUUCCCAUCAAGGUGGAAGAAAAUCCUUGCACUGGUAUAAUCUUUUCUAACCCCUUGUAAUAGUUCUUAAUCAUCUACAAAGGUCAAGUAAGCUUUCAUAAAAACCUUAUCCUAAAAGAAAAUUGUGGGGUUUCUACCAGUUGAUUAAUGCAAUACAAAAACAUAGAAUCUGUAGAACAGUAAAUAGGCCAAUUGACAAAUCUUAAUGUUUGAUAUAAAGUUAUCGCUACACUGCUGUCCAAAAUUUAAAUUUCACACAAUUAGCCCUGAAAAUACUGCAAUACCCUGUUCUCUUUAUUAUCUUGCAUUUAUCCUGGUCAUAGCAAACAUGGAGUUGAAUGUCAGAUAUUGAUUGUUGAGAUUUGUGAUGUAGUUUUGUUUGUUGUGGGGUGUUUUUGGUUUGUGGGGCUUUUUUGUAAAAAGGUGAAUAGUGGCUUUAUUGUUCAAGAUGGAAUUCCUUAUCAACUCAUUCCCAUUUGUUUUGUCCCACUUGUUGCUUGAACAAGUGAGAGAUACUACAGGUAAAAGUUUAAAAUGUAUAAUGUAGUAGCUGGAAGAGAUUUAGUGUUUCUUCUCAUUAGUAAUGAUCUACAAAUUUUGUAGGCUGACAAAAGUUUCUGAUCCUUAGAAGCUGUGGAAUACCACUUGGCAAGUGCUCCAGCUGUUACACGGGGCUUCCUGAGGGCCUAAACUUUCUUUAUGUGCAUAGUACAUAUAAACUCUGUAGGCUUCCAGGUUAUCUUGGGAGGCAGUUGAUCAGCCAUUAGCACAGUCCAUCUGAGAACUACUGGAGAGAUCAGUGUUGCACUUUGAUGCACAGAAGCAGCAAUCUUGGACAGUUAUUCCCAGCCCUUAGGUGCCUGGGGGCCGAGGUGCUGAAGUGCUGCCAUGUGUUGUUGAGCUCAGAGGUUCCAGUUUCAGCAUGGUCAGGUUUACUUAUGGUUACUCUGGCAAUAAAAUUCUUUUCAUCUCUACUCCAUUCUCCAAAAGUUCACUUUGCACUUACUUUAAAAUUCAUACUUCAAAAAUUCACUUUACAUUUGUGUAAAUAUAUAAAAUAAAAUAGUACAGCUGUGCUAUUGCUUCUGCAUAUUGUUUUUCUUUUAUUGUGUUACUAUUGCCCGGCUGGGAGUGUGGCAGAUGGAUUUUUACACGAAGAAACCCUGAGUGCUUCCCACUACCUCAGCAAAGGCAGUGAUUUUAAAUAAGGAAAUACCUACUAGUUUCAGUGUAGGUGUGUAUGCCCUUCAGUUAGUUCUUAACUUGUGAGCCCUGUGCCUGUAAGCUUUAGUACCUUUAGCACAUUUGUGUACUGAAUGGCAGGAGAGCAAAGGCCUGAGCAGGUCUGUAACUCCUGCAAGGUGUGAGUCUCCUCCUCUGCAUAACUAGAAUGAGACAAGAAAGGAUGGUGGCUCCAUCUCCUCAGCACUUGCUGUGCUGCCACAGCACCAGAACAAGAAACAGCCCUGAGGAUGGAACAGCUGCACCAUGCACAUGCUUAGACCUGGCUCUGCUUCCGUGCUUUCAGCUGAGCAGCUCUGAGGGGUGCAAUGUCUAAUCUGGUUUGAUACAGAGCAAGCUUCUGCCUUUCAGGUGAAGCUUGAUUCGCUGCAGGAAACCAGCUUGAUGUUUGCUUCCAAAGUGCAGUUUGGGGCUGGGGCUGGCCCUUCCCAGUGCUGUGCAGAACGGAUUUGGCUCCCAGCCGUCCUGCAGAGAGCACAGGCUCAAACUGUGUAUCCCAGGUCUGAGUUCUACCCACCUUAUGCUACUGCCUCCAUGUCAAAGCUGUGUCUCUUUCCACCUGGGCACAUGAUAAAAAAACCCAAAACAACCAGUUUUCUUUACCUUUAAGCUGAAACAGCUGCCAACUAGGAACCUGUUCAAACUAUGGUGAGUUUGAGAUAGGUCCAGUUCUGAGUUACAAGUGAAUUGUUACUCAAGUGAUGUUGUUUUGUAUUACAGUUUUCAGGUUGUGACUGAUUCUUCAUGAUACAGCCAGGAGACUCUUGUGUGCAGUCACAGCAUCUGAUGUUCAGCAUUUAGUAAAUAUUAAGUUCAAGAUAAAAUACAAAAUAUUAAGGGAUUGAUUUAUUGAAAUAUGAAUAAAUAACAAGGAUAGUACAAGCCUACAUUUAUUUCAGGGGUAGGUUAACAAUUAACCUUUGGGAAUGUCUGUCCCAUCUCUAAGAGCUCGACCCUUACAGCUGGCACGGUUCUGAGCUGUGGGAGGCACUCCAGGGUGGUUUGUCCUGGCAGAAGACAUGCUGCUUCAGGAGGCUGGGGUUUUCAUGUGACCUUCAAGCUUGAGUGUCCUUCCUGUAUGAUUUCUAUCCCUUAUGAUAAGAAAUCAGUCACUUCAGAGAUUUUAAGCUUAGGCACAAAGGCUUCAGGUCCCAGCAGAACUUCCCUUCCAGGAUAAGCUUUGUUCAAACCUGAGUUUUCAGUACAUCUCAUGCCAAAACUCAUCACUGGCACAUGAAACCAUCUGCUUGUUACAGCAGUCUUCAAAGAGGUUACAGAUAUUUUAUUUUUUAGUUCAGCUUUACAAUAACAAAAUCAGAAGAGGGGAAAAGUAACUAAAAAAAAAUCUGCACGCAACUAAAAAUCAAGAUUAAAAUUUCUCUGGUAAAACCAACAUUAAAUUCUGUGAUUAUAUUUUUAUACUGUAGAGCUUAUAUGAAAAAUGUUUACCAAACUAUAAAAGAUUUUCAGGAAGGACCAAAAAAACUUUCCUUUAAAAUUAUUUGUAGGAUGUAGUCCUGGUGGAAAAUGAAAGCACAUCAAUAAUGGUGAAAUUUCUGAAGAUUCAGACCUUAACCAUGGAUUAGGUUGUGAUAUAAUUCUUCAUAGCAAACUGUAAGAUUUCUGACAAAUCUCAUUUUAGUUUAUUAUUUUCCAUAGAUUUAGACAGCUUAUAUAUUAAUUUAUUUUAAAAUUAAGUGUAAAGCAUGGUUUUGUCAAGCAAACUUCAUGAUGUUGUACCUCUGUCUGUAUAUGGGUUAAUAAAUAUUCUGUGGGGAAAAG